GUGCCGGAAGUGCCGCCAUUUUGGGGUGUUCUGCUCUGGCGGCAGCGGCAGCGGCGGCGGGACGCGGAGGCUCCCCUGGGACUCGGCCUCAGCAGCGAGGCGGCGGCGGCGGCGGCGGCUGCGGAGGCGCAGGCAGCAGCUGAGGCAGCGGCGGGCUCAGGUGCAGCCGCUGAGUGAAGACAUAGUCCAGAGAGGUGUAAAGCCACAGGAAGCUAAAGCUGUGUGUAUUUGUGGAUCAGACAAGUGCAGCAAGUUAAUAUCAUUGGCUUCUGAAGGGGAGAGUGAGGUGAUGGCUGCGUUUAAGUUGGAUUUCCUUCCAGAAAUGAUGGUGGAUCAUUGCUCUUUGAAUUCCAGUCCUGUCUCAAAGAAAAUGAACGGCACCCUGGACCACCCAGACCAACCGGAUCUUGAUGCUAUCAAGAUGUUUGUGGGCCAGGUUCCAAGAACCUGGUCUGAGAAGGACUUGAGGGAACUCUUUGAACAGUAUGGUGCUGUCUAUGAAAUCAAUGUCCUAAGGGAUAGGAGCCAAAACCCUCCUCAGAGCAAAGGGUGCUGUUUUGUUACAUUUUACACCCGUAAAGCUGCAUUAGAGGCGCAGAAUGCUCUUCACAACAUGAAGGUCCUACCAGGGAUGCAUCAUCCUAUACAGAUGAAACCUGCCGACAGUGAGAAGAACAAUGCAGUGGAAGACAGGAAGCUGUUUAUUGGUAUGAUUUCCAAGAAGUGCACUGAAAAUGACAUCCGAGUCAUGUUCUCUUCAUUUGGACAGAUUGAAGAAUGCCGGAUAUUACGGGGACCUGAUGGCCUGAGCCGAGGUUGUGCAUUUGUGACUUUUACAACAAGAGCCAUGGCACAGACGGCUAUCAAGGCAAUGCACCAAGCACAGACCAUGGAGGGCUGCUCAUCUCCCAUGGUGGUAAAAUUUGCUGAUACGCAGAAGGACAAAGAACAGAAGAGAAUGGCCCAGCAGCUCCAGCAGCAGAUGCAGCAAAUCAGCGCAGCAUCUGUGUGGGGAAACCUUGCUGGUCUAAAUACUCUUGGACCCCAGUAUUUAGCACUUUAUUUGCAGCUCCUUCAGCAGACUGCCUCCUCUGGGAACCUCAACACCCUGAGCAGCCUCCACCCAAUGGGAGGGUUAAAUGCAAUGCAGUUACAGAAUUUGGCUGCCCUAGCUGCUGCAGCUAGUGCAGCUCAGAACACACCAAGUGGUACCAAUGCUCUCACUACAUCCAGCAGCCCCCUCAGCGUACUCACCAGUUCAGGGUCCUCACCGAGCUCCAGCAGCAGCAGCUCUGUCAACCCCAUCGCCUCCCUUGGAGCCCUGCAGACAUUAGCUGGAGCAACGGCAGGCCUCAACGUCAGCUCUUUGGCAGGGAUGGCUGCUUUAAAUGGUGGCCUGGGCAGCAGUGGCCUUUCCAACGGCACCGGGAGCACCAUGGAGGCCCUGACGCAGGCCUACUCGGGAAUCCAGCAAUAUGCUGCCGCGGCACUCCCUACUCUGUACAACCAGAACCUGUUGACACAGCAGAGUAUCGGUGCUGCUGGAAGCCAGAAGGAAGGUCCAGAGGGAGCCAACCUGUUCAUCUACCACCUGCCCCAGGAGUUUGGAGAUCAGGACCUGCUGCAGAUGUUUAUGCCCUUUGGGAAUGUCGUGUCUGCCAAGGUUUUCAUAGACAAGCAGACAAACCUGAGCAAGUGUUUUGGUUUUGUAAGUUACGACAAUCCUGUUUCGGCUCAAGCUGCCAUCCAGUCCAUGAACGGCUUUCAGAUUGGAAUGAAGCGGCUUAAAGUGCAGCUCAAACGUUCGAAGAAUGACAGCAAGCCCUACUGAGCGUGCUCCCCUCUGAGACUGGAGUGAGAGGGUCUUCUGGCACAGCUUGCCCCGAAGACUCGGCUACUGCCUUCUGUGGGAGUUUCGCUUCGUACAGAGGACGAGUUUGUGCUUUGGUUUCCAGUGUUUUACUUUGGAGUUUAGGUGCCAUAUCCUGAGUUUUUUUCUUUAUUUAAAGUUUGCUGUGUUUGUAACCAGUGUGUGUUGAGAAGGACCAACAUCAAACCGCCCUGGGGGGAGGAGGGGGAAUGGAGAAGCAUUAAAAAAGAUCAGACCUUUCCCCACACUACCCCAAGAGAGGACUGAGUGAAACCAAAAAUUGACCCCAGAAUCUCCCUGAGUGCGAGAGUGGGUGAAAUGAGAACUGGUGCCCAAGAGCCUUGGGGGAGGGCGGGGGGAGGGCAGAGGCGAGGCUGGCUUUGGAGGUGAGGACAGUGACCCACACCCAGUGGCCCCAGGAGCCACAGGCUGAAGUGCCUCCAUAGCUAUCUUCUGGGGAGUUACUGAGUUCUUGCCACCUGUUUUUCAGAUUCUUGUGCAGAAUUUCUGCUGCUCUUUCCCAAGAAGGGGAAGACAGUUCUGUGGAAAUAAAGCAUUUGUUAAAUUAGCUUGACAUAGGCAACAUGCAGGGAGACAUCACCCAUUACCGGCUUUUCCAGCCACCCAUUGGUGUUGGAUUGGCUCCGGCUGGCUGAUGGCUGUUAAGGAGAAGCAGCCGGUCAAAAAGAUCGUUUUUAGUUUAUUUCAACACCACAUUGUUAGACCACGGCCCAUUUCUAAUAGGUCCCUUUAAACAAGGUCUCUAGGCAAGACACUGUCUGGUUUCCUUCCUUGUAGUUGACCACAGCAGAGUGUCACUUCCAUCCCAAGCCACAGUUUUCUCAUGAGGGUAGAUCUAAGAAGAGCUUACAGUAUCUAGCUUGAAGGGCGCACCUCUCCUGAGCAGAGUGAUCAAAAGCCAUUGAAUUGGGGCGGGGGGGGGGGCGGGGGGAGCCUUCUUCUUGGUGUACCUGAAUCAGAAGACACCUUUAAGCCAGAGUGCUGCAUUUGUCAGCGGCCAGCACUUAUCCGUAAAAGGAUGAGAAAUCUUUGCUUGCCUCUGUGGUUGAGGGAUCCCAGAUGUGGUAUUCCUGCCCUCCACCGCCCCCCCAAGACAGGCCCCUCUUCUAACCACUCCAGCCCCUUCUGCUCUUGGGGACAGAGGAGACAACAGGACGUUUACAGCCUCCAUAUGGAUUUAGUGUUCAUUUACCUCAGUAUUACCAUGUUCAUUUUUGUCCUCAUGCUUACAGUUAGCUCCCUGCUGCCUCCCACAGGCAUCACUGCGGCUCUUGCCUGUGACCCACACAGCCUUUGGGCCCUUCCUCUGCUCCAAGAAAUGCUGUGGGGCUGGAGAGCCAGAAAGGACGCGCUGUUGGGAAUGUGCACCUGGGCAGAGGUAGCCCUGUUGGGAUAUGACUCUUAGCCAAGGCCAGGGACAGGGUCCCUGGGAUCUUAAGCCUCACAAACAUCGGUCCUGACCCCUAACAGCAGAGAUGAGAUUAAAGGGGUUGCCUUGGUAUUAAGUCAGAUGGGGACUCUCUCCUUGUCAUGCUGUCCCUUUGGGUCACAGACAGGGAUUGACCGUCUUGCUGUUGUACAGAUAGUUUGGUGGUGUUGGAUUAUCCCAUUGAAGCAGGGACAGCUGUUCCCUUCUCAUAGUGAUAACUUGGGUCUGUUGUCCUCUAAGAAACGUGAAACAUACUUCUUAAGCUGAACCACGUAAACUUGAAUUCCGUGCACUGGGAGAAAUGUGUCCUGUGUUUCAAGGAUAAAACUGUUCCAAAGGCUUCCAGGGUCAUGAUGGGAUUUUUUAAAUAAAUGCAAAAAAUAAAAAUAAAAAAGAAAAAAGAAAAAAAGAAAAAAAUGCUAGGUUGGGGAGGCGCUGUUCUGAAUCCCAACCGGCUGGAACCAAGAAUGUCGUUUCUAUUUUUAUAGAAGUUUUAUACAGCUCCGGGGUGGAGAAUAUUUAUUACCUAAAUUAUAUCUCUGGAAAAGGCCAGGAUUUUGUAGAAUCCAGAAUGUGAUUGUUGUACACACAGGGUGCUGUGUAUGAUUGAAACUACUGACUCUCUGUGGCCCGUUUGCAGCCCAGCUAAUAAUCUGCCAGAGGGGAAGGAGUUAAUGCUGUGAAUUGGCGGAGGAGAGAGCUGUGCUCCCCAGGGUGCUGCCGGUGCUGUGAUUGCUGACCUUCUGUUCUGUCUUCCUCCUUGGCCAUUAUGGGGUUUUCCAAAGCCCAGAACUCCACUCCCUCCCUACUUUCUCUCCCAUCCCCCUCCUGCCCCAUUUCACAAUUAUUUGUCCAUGGAUUUGUCCUGGGCUCCGGGACCUUCUGAAAUGCCUUUUUGAAUAAUAUGAAAGGCAGAGGUGCAGUCAGCCCACCUUUGAUAGCAGACCCAGAGGUUUCAUACCUGCUUGUGAGUUCUCUUUUCUAAAAGGAGCAUGUGCCACAGCAGGGCCCUGGGCUGCCACAGCGGCCAGCUGGUGAGACCAGGCACUUCUCUCUGUUCUCCUCUCUCCUGCCCAGCGAGUGAGCACAGUAGCACUGCCCUUGAGCACAGUUCUCUCCCCAGGCCAAAGAUGGUUUGUGAAGAAGCUGCUCCCCUAUAAGUCUCACGGUGUGGAAGGGUUCAGCUCGGAGAGUGGAGACUAGCAGUCGAGUCUUAAGCAAUCCUUUUCUGUUGUGUGGGGGUUUCACUUACAUAAAUGUGUUUUCUGCUAUAGUUUUGUUUCUUACUUGGGUUUUAUCAUGAAAUUGAUUUGCCUUGAAUGCAGCCAGACACUGUCUCCUGGGUCCCACAUGAGUGGCCAGGGCCUGUGUGGAAACUAAAAGCUUGGAUUUCUGGAAACAAAAGGCCAUCCCUGUAGAAUUGAGGACAAAUCCUGGCCCUCUCCCCUAGAGAGUUCCCCCACCCCAGCCAUGGUCUUCUCUUUUCUCCUGGGUUUGAGGAGUGGGGAGGCUGCACCUCUGCUCCACCAGAGAGACCUUACCUUCUUCCUGGGACGAGUUGGGGCGCCUCGGGAAAUCCAAGCCUUAGGUUCCCUUCUGUCUCUGGCAGUUGGAUGUUUUCUUGGUGUCCUCCAUGUCCUUUUUGACUUUUCCCUGUGUCCAUUGUUAGCAUGUGCAAAAGUUCCCUGUCAUUACCCAGCCCCCGCCCCGCCCGCCUCCUCAUUUCAGGGCUGUACACAGUGAGUGUUCCUUUUCUCUCUCUCUCUGUUUGGAUGUAUUGCUCUGUGUAACUCAGUGGGUCUCCCUCUUUCUGGUUUGUUUUUUUUUCUAGAUUCCUGCCGUUUGUUCAUCGUUGUGCCUAAAGCAUGUCGAUGUGGCGUCAAGUACAUCGUCCAAAUCCCUGUCUCUUCAGCUUCUCUGAUGCUUGAACUCUCACCUUUGACCUUGUGUUGACCUUUGAUGCUGACGUGUAUUUUUAUUAUGUUUGUUUCUUUCUUUGUUAUUUCUUUUUUUCUUUUCCUUUUUUUUUCUUUUGUGCUGCCAAAUUGGUUUUGCUAGAACGACUGCUGAAGGGGAAAUAUUUAAACUUGCAUUUGAAUAUAAAAAAAUCUAUUUUUCUAGAACUUCAUAAGAUAACCACUUGAUUUUGUGAUUCCAAUUCUUUGUAACUGUCUUCAGAGCAGCCCUACUAGCACAUACCGCGUGGUGUUUGUAUUUCUGUGAACACACAGCCAGUCCGUUUCUAGGCUUUGUUUCUCUGUGUGCUUAGUUUUAAAGACAACUUUGAAGUAAACAAUGAAAUAAAAGAUGUCACUAAAACCUUUGAGGCUCCUGAGCACAUUUUGCUGAUAUAGUUUGUGGGGCUUGAGGAGACCGCAUGUGUUCUUUUUGUUUUUCUGAGUUCUCAACUGCAGAAAACACCUGAACCCCUUUCCUUUUUGACCGCAGGCUGCAAUUUGGGCCCCAGCCAGCCCUUUUUCUUUUUCUUUUGUGGUUCUUCCCUGUAGUGACCCUGCAGGGAGCCUUCAAAUCCCCUCUGGCCCCUUCCCCUCAGCCCCGCUGUGCCCGCCUCCAUGCUUGUUCCUACAGUCUCCACAGCAAAAUGUGAUGCUUUGAUUUUUUUUUGUUUUUGUAUUGUUUUUGUGUUUUUUUGUUUUGAAUUUUUUCCUUUCCUACUAAGAUUAUGCCCAGAAAAAACAAGUUUUGCAUGUUUCCUGCUGUUUCUUCACACCUUCGUAUAUAUCACCUUCACCUCUCUGUUUUCUAUAGUUUGUGCAAAAACUGACCGAUUUAAAAGGGUUUCAAAGAAGCUGUUUUAAAUUGUUGUGGGGUUGAUUAUUUUUUUCAAGAUUGUAUUGUUUUAUUUUGAAGUGGCAACUUUCUCCUCUAUUGCCCUUAGAGCGUUUGCCUGUGCACUUAGACUGUCACCUCAUGUGGCCUCCAGGCCUCAGCAUUGGGGGGGUGGGGGGGGGACGGCGGAAGCUGGCUGCUCUGCUCAGAGAUGGGGUGGGAAGGGGGCCUGGACAGGCACGAGGAGCAGAGAUAGAACCCAGAAGGUGGCCGCGGGUGGGCAAGAGGUUCAGCGCAUUAGGGGUAGUGAGUGUCCCUCAGCCCCGAAGAAGGAGGGUGCUCUUAACCACUCGGAGGAGGCCAUCCAUGCACUAAGCGGCAAUAUACCUGCCAGCGCUUUUCCUAGGUGACAAGCACAAUACUACAGUCUUCACACUGUUUACAGCCCUGGGCACCAACUACCCCACACUGGCUCUUCACCACAGCUCUGCUCUUGCUUAGCUUAGUGGGGUGGGGGUGAGGGCAGGGAUUUGUUGUUUUUGUUUUUGUUUUUGUUUUAAUUGGGUGAAGAGCCAAAUAGCUACUGUCCCUGGGUGCCAGGCAAGCCAGUUCCUUGGUUCCCUGAGGGGAACUUGCUCUCCUCUCUUGUGGCACCAUCCAGCCUCAGGGUCUUAGGGACUUGAGUAAGAAUGUGAAUGGCGGAGGGAGAGGCCAGAGGAGACUAGAGGUCACGGGAUGGAUCUGUGGAGGUAAGAGGUUGCAGAGGGAGGAGUUUGUGAUAGAUUCCACCCAGACCUAAGCUGCUGGCGGGUGGGAGAGCUGGGAAGUAGGAUUGUCCAGGGAAUGGUGAAGAGGGGUAGCCGAGGGAUGGGGGGGAGGGGGGUGGGGAAGGUAGAAGCACUGUUAGCGUCAUCCAUGCAGGGGUUGAUGAAGGAAGGGGUCCUGGCAGAGUUUCUUCUGUGGGACCCGGCGGGUUGCCUAGUAUUAUGCUUGAGGCCACUCUUACUAGGAGGAAAGGGCGGCCAAAUGGAGGCCCAGUGUAUGGUAGGCUGCUUAAUUUCCUGGAAGGGGUGAUUGGAUGGAAAGAGGCCAGGAACCCCAGCCUGAGCGAGACUGCCGUGCACCCCACAGUCUGACUGCACAGAGCCGCCUCUGUUGGCAGAAGGCGCCGAGGCUCCCCUUCCUGUGUAUUCAGAAUCCGUGUUUGCCAAUACAUUUUGCUUUCAAUUCCAAGAGGAGCUCUGGGAAAACCUGUGGAUAAAACCAAAUGCCAAACGUUGGACGUUGUUUCCUUUUCCUUUUCUCUCUCUGAUUGUUUUAAUUGUUCUGUGGUGGUUUUAAUGGAUUUGAGACCCUGGAGCGGCAGCUGCCUUUCUGAUUUCCAGCUGCUUUUUGUGAAUAAUUUAAAAAGAAAAAAAAAAAAAGAAACUUUACAUUUUGGAGACAAACCUGUGUGAGUUUUUUAUUGGUACAAACGUUGUAUUUAACACUAGGGGUUUUGUACAGUUUUUUGCCUUUUCUACUAGAAAACAAUGUAAAGUGAUUUCACAAUGUGAAGAGAAAAAAAAUUGCCACUAUGACCAAACGCACAGUCUGUUCUGCAGCAACAACGGGAUUCAAUCAACUCAAAGUCGUGAUUCAGCCGUAGAAAUGCUUUUCCUUUACCUUGUUUGAGCUUUCCUUUCUUUCCUGUUUUGAUUUGCAAAAGAAAAUGUCUUUUCUGUGUGAACUUGUGUUGUACUAUGUAGAAAAUUAUGGAUUUUACUUUAAUGGUUUAAAAAAAAAAAAAAAAGGCAAGAAGAGCCUUUGUCGCUUUUCUGACCUGAUCACAGAGUUUGUGUAGUGGAUUAAAAAAGAAAAAAAAAUUGUUACAAGUUUGGAGCAAGGGAGUAUGUGUUUAAAAGGAAUCUCCUUCCUUUUUUUGUGUGUUUUUCCUUUUGUCCCAAUGGGGAACCUAAAUCUGUUUUAAUUGCACAGACACACGGACAAAAAGUCAUUUUGUAUCUGCCAAGUGUGGUACCUUCCUUUGUUUAUUUGCUAUUAAACUGUUUGAGAAGAA